AUGGAGGAGGAAGGAUCAAUUAACUUCAAAGCUCUGAAGGCUAAAUUUCAGGAGGAGGGUCUCCUGGCUCAUUCAAAAAUCAGUCGACCAGCUGUUGCUGAAAAACCCAAACUCCUUCAACCUUUUCUAGGACACUGCAGCUCCGUGGCCAGUUGUAUCGCCCACACCCCUGAAGUUCCCCGUGUCUUCUUCAGAGAUGGGGUUCAGUCAUCUGGAGGCAAACGCCCGAUUUCCUUUCCCCCUCGCUCUAAGCAGACCUCUCCCUCAUUUCAGCUUGCAAAUGGAGAUGGCUCAGCAAAGCAUCCCCUCAAAGACUGGCACAUGCCUUUGGUGCUCCCUGUGCCCCCUGUGAAAGUAGAUGCACCAACUGGAAAGGAGCAAAAACUGGAGGCAGAGACCAGGAAAGAAGUCUUCUCACAUACUAAGAUAAAGAAGAAGGGGUUGUUGCUUCCUUUCAAAUCAGUCAAGGCAUCAAAAAACUUUGCUGGUAAUGGCGAGGAGCUCACAUACGGUGAUUUACCCAAUAGGCCUGGUGACGCUCCCAGUGAUUUCUCUUCCAUGGACAAACAAGGCUCAGAGGAACGACCUUCCCUUCACAGUGACCAGUUGACCUCUGAGCACGCCGUCUCCAGUCCUGAAUUCGUAGUCUCCCCUCCUUCACCAGAAACAUGUCCAGACUCUGACAACAGGAUUCUGAGCACUUUGGAGAAGGCCAAGAAGAAACUCUCACGUCGACAGAUUGCAAUUCCGCCUAAAACCAAAGGCUUGCGUUCACCUGACUACAGCUGCAUAGAGAAGACCUUCCGUUUGUCUCCAAAGAACCCUGACCGCCUUGGUUCAGAUGUCCUCGUACCUCCAUCCUCAAGCCUUCCACACUUGGCCUGUAUUUCUGCUCGGCCUUUCUGCAAAGCCAACAACUCUGCACGCAAGCCAUCUUUUGAUAAGCACCUUAUGUUGGAGAAAGCCAGCCAGCUACCGGUGAGGACUAGUGAACCUUAUUCACCCCGGAGACCCUUAAAGAAGCUGCUACCUGAGUUGUGGACUCUUGGACCAGUUCCAGUAAAGCCCCCUAGACCUUCAACAGUUGAUCUUAGCUCUUACCAUGCAGUCCUAGCAAAAGAAACAUUACCUGGUUGGUGCCAAACACCCAAAAAGGAGGCAGUGUCUGUCCUUGAUGUUCCAGAUUUUCCAGACUUUGAGACUUCAGAGUUGGAAAAGGCAGAGGCUGAACCUGUUGACAUUGCAGCAUUAGAAAUGGAAGCUGUAGACAUAGUUGUUGGUAAUCCUGCAACACCAGCCGUAUCGGAGGCCACCGAUUACGGGGGUUCGGAUUCUGCCUUGGCAGUUUGUGAACCUAGAGAGUCAAAUAGGAUCCAUAUAGUCCAAGAUCUAAACCUUGGCACCUCACACAUAAUACCCCUUGAUCCAGCAAGCUUUCCCGAACCAAUAAACCCGUUGGAGUUCCCACAGCUGCCGCUACCAGAGCGGCGGUCCUACAGUGAAGACGCUGCUGUAGAUUCUUUUCUCAAUUCUCGCUCCGAUGAGAUCUAUGUAGGGGCUACUGAGAAACUGACUGUCCCAGAGGAAACUGAGUUUUUGGGCCAGCCAACACCAAACCACAAGACUCAAACGCAACCAAGGCAGUGCACAAGCCCCUACACUGCUGACCACAAAGAACAGAGGAAGAGAGAGAAGCAGCGACUUGAAAAGGAGAGAAAAGAGCAGAAAGAGAGGGAGAAGAAGGAAAAUGAAAUGAAAAAAAAGUUCAAAGUGACUGGGGAGGAAGAGCCGAUGUACCACGCCAAGGUCAUGGUGGCCAGCAAGGUCCGCAAGAACGACCUGCCUGUGAGGAACGGCGACACGGUCAGCAUCAUCCGGACUACCAACUGCCCCAAAGGCAAAUGGCUGGCCAGGGACACCAACCUCAAGUACGGCUAUAUCUCUGUGAUGAAUGUCGAGUUAAACAUCAAGGACAUGCUGGAACUCGGCAAAAAGGCUCAAGCGGCUGGACGGGGAGCCUACGUCGAGCCGGACACCAUCAGUAUUGGGAGCCGAUCCUUCACAGAUGACAGCGAAGAGUGGGCCUGUGAGGAUGAAACUCUUUCGCCGUCCUAUGAAAGCCAUGUUGCUCAGCAGACCGUUUCAGAGCCAGAAAUGUCUUGCGUUCAUGUGGAUGCCCAGCAUACACUCAGUGACGGCAACCUGGAAGACCAACACACACAAACCAGACACGAGGCUCUGCAGAAACUAGCCCUCUUGGUCCAACACGGCGACGGAGGAGCGACUCUUACCAAGUACAGUUUUCUGCCGCCGCCUCUCUGCCAACGCUUCCCACUGUCCCCCGCCUCGUUCUGCUAAUAACUUUUUGCUUAUCCUGUUUGUCUCGUUCAAAGUGCUGACACGUCAAGUGAGUCGACAGUUUAAUAUUGUUUCUCCGCUGACGUCACCGCUCCCCUCUCACUGAUAACGGUGAAGCUAAAACAAGGGCACUCACGCACACAUCACCUCGGGGCCUCUGCGGUCUAAACACAACUCGGAGACUUUUUUAAUUUUUUUUUUACGUGUGAUGGAAAACAGCUCAACAGGGAGCGUUUUAUCUCCCGUGACUUGUAGACGAGAGGGUGUUGCGUGUUUUACAGACCUACAGUUCAAAGUUGGUGUGACUGGCGUAUCAUUCUUGUCUUUAUCUAGGUUCCCUGUGUGCGGUUGAGGAGCCUCCGUAUCCCGAACAGGAGAUUGACUUCACAGAGAUGGAGCUGCUUCCCCCUCCUCCUCUAUAUGCCGACACCCUCUGAUCAAGAUGGCUGUAGUGUGCACCAAUCGGGGAAACAAUUUGUUUGAUUUAUCUUUACUAGAGCUACAAUUUCACAAUGGUUUGAACACUUUUACUUUCUUUACAUGCACUCUCAAAAGUUGACGCCGACGCACACAGUUGAUGAUUGCACUGGAUUUGGGCGGAAAUAAACGGUUGUUUGCGGUUGCUUGACGUUCCGACAGUGGUUAAUGAGAUUGUUCUGUUUUAAGUUUUUUUUUUUUUCUUUCUUUCCAUGUUGCACAAAAUAAAUCCCAUUGAUUCUUCUGAA